AAGGGAGAGUGAAAAACUAAAUGAAAUGGAAGAGAAAGACCAGAAACAUGAUUUCAUGAUUGGAGAAAAAUCAACAAAGACUAAGAAGAUGUCCUCACGAAAAAGAGGUCAGAAGACAGAAUCUAGCAGUUAUUUUACCUGCCGUCAGUGUGGAAAGAGACUGACUAAUAAACAAAACCUUGAUGUCCACAUGAGAAUUCACAAUGGAGAUAAGCCUUUUACUUGCCAACAGUGUGGAAAGAGUUUCACUCAAAAACAAAACCUUAAAGUCCACUUAAGAGUUCACACUGGAGAGAAACCUUACAAAUGCACUCAGUGUGGACAAGGUUUUACACAUAAAGGAAACCUUAAUGCCCACAUGAGAAUUCACAAUGGAGAGAACCCUUACAGCUGCAAACUGUGUGGGAAGAGCUUCUCACGAAAAGAAAGUCUUACUGCCCACAUGAGAAGUCACACUGGAGAGAAGCCGUUCAUAUGUGGUCAGUGUGGAAAGGGUUUGAGAUGUAAAGAAACCCUUAAUUGCCACAUGAGGAUUCACUCAGGAGAGAACUGUCUUACAUGCUAUCAAUGUGGAAAGAGUUUUAGUCAUAAAAGAAGCCUCAACACUCACAUUGUGAUUCACACAGGAGAGAAGCCUUUCACCUGUCCUCAGUGUGGAAAGAGUUUCACACUUAAAGGAAACCUUAAGACUCACAUGAGACUUCACACAGGAGAGAAGCCGUUCACAUGUCUUCAGUGCAAGAUAAGUUUCACAUAUCAAAGAGACCUGAAACGUCAUUUGCAAACUCAUUCUGAAAAUAAACUGCGAGUGUGACAAGUUUAACGAAAAGGAGCAAUUUAAAAAAUUGUAUGUUGUGAUCAGUGUAACAAAAAACUAAAUUUUUAUUUGUCACACUCAUGCAGAUGUGAGACCCUAUUUAUGUUCUUUGUGUUUUCAAUGACUGCAGUUUAAAAUGGCACCAGAAAAUAUCUAUCUGUGUGAAAUGAAGGCUACAUUCAAAUUACAGGUGAAUGUGGACCAAAUGUGAUUGUCCAACUGCAUGAACAUUUGUUUUAUUUGCAUCCAUCACCUCUUUAUACUUUGCCUUGAUAUUUUUAUUUUCUUUUGUCAUGUACAUACGAACUUUGUCAUGGCCAUUUGAACUGACCGACCAUCUCCUUUGCUGUAGUUUCAAAUACUGAGCAGCUAAUACAGUCAUUUCAGUGUCACUCCAUUUCAUCAGUUCAUAUAUUGGUACUUCGAAAUGAAAAUAUUAGUUAAACUUCUGUCUUGCUGUCAAAUGCCACAGUGUUAAUGGAAAAAUAUAAAUAAAAGGACACAAUCUGUA